AUGCUUAUGGAGCAUCAUGCUGUUGCUUGGCGGGCCAUUACUCAAAUGUCGAUUGAUAGUCUGACGCCUCGUGUCAAGCAGCACUCCAUGACAGUCAGCGCCACGGAUAAUACCUCGACUGCUGCUCGUCCUCCGAGGCACGGAGAUCUUGCGGUCGAGGACGUCGUCUCAUUCAUGCUUCUUUCACCCCGUGAACGUGUCGGAAAGGUUCCGCAACUUCUACGAGCACGACUAACAGGACUCGAGGCGUUGCGAUUGGGCAUGCACAGAGGCUUUUCGCAGGCUAAACGAGGCGCGGUGCCGUCUAAUGUGCGGUACGACAACAUGUACUUGGCCGUUGCCAUUAUUAAUGCGCAGCGCACAAGUCCCGACAUUGCACUCGCUCUACUACUACCUAGAGGCAGUAGACGCGGGCCUUGGCUCAUGUUGGACAUACAUACAUAUGUACGAAUACGCCAAGGCGUGCAGCUGCCGGCAUAUCGCUGGCGAUGCCCUUGCCCAUGUACUGGCAAGCUGACGAGCUGCUCUGCUCUGCUCCGUCCUGGCCUGGCCUGGCCUAACCCUGCUCCCUCCAGCAUCUUGGCAUCGCCCGGGACGAAUGACUUUGCGCUCUCCGUAUUUCGUACAUGCCGGCACAACUCCCAGGUGCACCCCCUUUCCGCCAAGGAGGCUGUUCUGGCCUGGAGGAGCCGAAUCUGGCUGGACCAAAGUCUCAAUCCUACGCGGCUACACCUUCAAUAUCUUCCGGAGCUGUGUGCUGUCUCGACGUUGCAUUCUUCAGCUGCCUCCUCUGGACGUGGGCGCCAUCCAGCUCAGGGCUGGUCGGGGAUCCGCAAGGGUUACCACCCGGUAAUGUGCUGCCGUCGUAUUGAGAUGGGUGAGCACAUGUGGAUGGAGCACAAGUACAAGUACGAGUACCUGCCUCCAACCCUGAGGUCAUCAUGGCCACGGCCAGGAUUCAUGUUAGAUAGGCGGCUCAUCUGCUUUGCCAGAUACGGGCUGGCGCCGCUGGAAUAG